UAAAGCGUUGAUUCCUCUGUUUUCUUGAUACUACUGUAAAGUGAGAGAUUAUUUGAAGAAGAUGGAAAAAACCUACCUGGAACCAAAUGAGGAGCAGUGUAUCUCUAACCCUUUGCUUGGGAGUAGCAAUGAUUCUUCUGUGUCUUCUUAAACCUAAACUUCAGAUACUAAUGUUAGUGAUGUUCUUCUGGGGAGAAAUCAUGUCUAGUGAUCAGAAACAGGUCUUCAGGGUGGCAGAACAAACUGAAGAAUCAAAAGAUACUCUUAAAGAACUUGCAGAAAAUGUUAGAAAUGUCACAGCUUUAGUUGACAUAAUCACAGAAGGACUAGACGUUAAAACUGCAGAUUUGGAUUAUAUUAAAAUGAAAAAUAGCACAUCUGGUUCUGGGGAGAAGAAAACUAAAUUUCAGCCAAUGUUCUCAGUGUUUCUGAUAGAAUUGAUCUUGGUCCUGUUUAGCAACCUCUCCACACUCAUGAUUAGAAGCUACAAGAACUCCAUCCCUCUCGUUAAACUCAAUAUGAUCAUUCUUAUUAGUUAUUACGUGGUGGAGCUGGGUAACUUUGUUCUGAUUUGCCAGGGAUGUUGUAUGAUGUAUUGUUCUCUUGUUUCCCAUCUCCCAAUGUUCAUGGCAUAUUCAGUUAGCUUUCUCCUUGACAACGCAGGACUCAUUGGAACCGGACUCUACAUUCAGAUUGCUGCCUUUAGGGUUUAUGCAGUAGUUAGUUUUGGGCGGUUCUUUGGAUUUGACCCAAGUUCAAGUUCCAAACUUAUUGUUGUCCUGACAUCAAUACUCUACCUUCCUGUUAUACUAUGGUUUCUAUCUCAGCAGAUCAGCUCAGGUUAUGUGUCACCAAUGAACUCAUUUCUAACUGGUAAACCAGCUUCUCUUACAAUCAACCCUACAGCUAUAUUUCAUGCUGCACACAUGUUCAUUUGUGUGGUGUUCAUGAUCGUCUCCUAUGUGUUCAUCAACUUCUUCCUCAGCAGAAAACACAGUAUUGAGGUCUCCAUGGCAGAAAAGAACAACCCUUCGAAAAACAUGUUCUCUCUGAAAACAUUAAUGACAGGGGGCUCCAUGGGCUUCGCGAUACUAAUGGUUAUAAUCUACUUCCAGCAAAAGCAGCAAUCAUUUCCAAUUGGUGCUGUGUUUACAAGCCUGUUCAUAUGUUUAGCCAAUUCUUAUUAUGCUAGUAAAGCUCACAUCUCGGAAUACUUCCUGGCCAAAAUCAAGAGACAAGAGAGCAGUUUGUCAUAUCUUGUACCGAUUGUCCAAAUUCCAGCUCAAUUCAGUAAUUUUUUUCAAAAAUCUAAUCAAAUCAAUGUUAUUGGUUAGGUCAAUGAAAACAUUGUUUCCACUAAUAGAAAAGGACACAUGUUUUCCAACAGAAACUAAAAGAUCACAAUACCCAAUAGUUGCACAAAUAUUGAAUUCUAUAUCUUGUUGUGAAGUGCACAGCAAAAUGUGAUUCCUGUCAUCAGUGGGAUUUUGGAAUCAACAAUGUUCUAUUGAUGAAUUUGAACAGUAAACCUUGUUCAUAUUACUUUAAAAAUUAAAUUUCCCUUGUAAGGUU